AUGUUAAGUGCAUUAGCCCAAUAUUGGAAUUCAGAUCUUAGAUGUUUUGAACUGCCUUAUCUGGAUUUGGUUCCCACAAUUGAAGAAUAUGAGUUGAUACUAAGGUUACCCCUCAAAGAAGAAGCCGAUGUCUAUCUAUAUAAAGGGAACUAUGUAUCAAAAGGGAAAAUCGUUGGUUUAAUUGGCUUGCCAUCACAACAAGCAGAAUUGAUAAACAAAGGUGCGACUCAAGGGUGGAAUAAAGGUCUUUUGGAAGAUCAUAUGAUAUCUCUAUCUGAGAAAGAUCAGGCAGCCAUGGAUGUGUUCUUCGCUUACGAAACCCACAAAAAGAAUCCUGUUCCAGCCAUUCUUGCAGAUAAUCCCCUAAGAAGUUUCCAUCGCAUUCCGGUGAAGAAAUUAGAAGCAUUAGAGUGGAAAGGAAAUAUUUCGACAUUAGAAGAAGAGCAUUUUACAUGGGUAUGCCCUUGGUACCAUCCCAGAAAUACAAUCUUUAGUUGUGGGGAUUUUGUGAAUGUUCCAUUAAUGGGGUUGAGAGGAUGUGUAGCAUACACCCCAACAAUCGCUCUUAGACAACUCAAAUGGACUCAAUUUGUGCCUCGAAACGAAGAGUUAGGAGGAUUGAGCUUUCAAUAUGCUUCAGAUAAUAUGAGGCAACAGGCAGAAGUUAGAGCUCCAUGGGGGAAGGUUAAAAAGAAAGGGGAAACAGAUCUCGGAAAACCUCGUAUGACAGCCUCUUUGGAAUAUAAAGAAUGGAGGAAGGCUAGAAGAAUUUCCAUCCCGAUUCUCAAAGAAGUCCAACAGAAAGAGAGUCAAUCUCACGAAACCAACCAAGCAUUGGCUUCUUUAACCUCUUAA